UUUUUAUUUUUCAUUAGCAAAGGCAAUCCUGGAAGCACCUUCAAUCUCAGACCUGACUUAAUCUCUUAUUCGGACAUCUAAUUAUUUUGGAAUAUCUCCCAACAUAGUUGGCGCUGACAUUCCUGAACCGUAAAGCAGAGUGGAAUGGCACCGAACUGCUUCCAUCUCCCUUUGCGAGGAUGUGCAGGUCCAUUUAUUGCUGGGGGUUCGGGCUUGCCGCUGGGCUUCCACCCAAUCUUCUCCAGGCCUGGGAAGCAUCCCCUUGGCGGAUGAUGCUAAUCCAAGCGCAGCUGCAAGGCCUCCUGCCCGCCCAGGGGGAAAAAAAACACACACACACACACAAAAAAAACAGCUAGCACGCGCAGCCAGAGCCCGCCAGAUUCUCCUUCCCCAAAACACAGCCCGCGAGGCCAGAAGCCCGGAUGCCCGCCCCCAAAUCCCAGCAACAACAAUCGCAGAUUCCUUCCCCGCCUUUUAGAUACAGUACACACCUACACACGCACGCGCGCGCACAAACACACACUAACACACACUCACACUGGCACGUAGAAAGCCAGUAGACGGGGGAGGAGGGAGGAGGAGUUGGAGGACUCAUCCAUCCCGAAAGCAUCUGGAGGGAGAAGCGUUCUUGCAGUACUUAAUCCCUUCUUCGUCUUUCGCGCAGUCGGCAAGACUGAUCUCCAAGAAUACCUGUAAUCAUCGGAUACCCACCGUAUCUUCUGCCUCCAAAGUAAGAGACUGCGCUAUCGGCCAUCACCUUGGUCUCCUCCUUGUUUCACCCCCCUUCUUUCUGUGCCCUGUUGGUUUGGCCCCAGCGCUCGCAGGCGCGGAGCUAGAAGCGCGCGGGAGUCGCGGCGGCAGUUGCGUCUCGGGGGCCGAGGGAGGAGGCGCGGGCUGCGGCAUCUGGUGGCGCAGCUUAACCCCGCGUGGGCGCCGACGCCGAGGAGGAGGCGGUAACCGCAGCGGAGGCUCGAGGCCCAGGCAGGCGCAUCCGGAGGCACCGGGCUCCCCUGGCAGCCCAGACUGAGGCUCCCUUCUCCCCCCUGCAGCUCUUCCUCACAGCCGCUCUCGGUGGGGUCGGGACCCCCCUCCCAGGCUCUGCGGCCCCAAGAUGACUCGCGAUUUCAAACCCGGAGACUUGAUCUUCGCCAAGAUGAAAGGUUACCCCCAUUGGCCAGCCCGAGUAGAUGAAGUUCCUGAUGGAGCUGUAAAGCCACCUACAAAUAAACUGCCAAUUUUCUUUUUUGGAACUCAUGAGACUGCUUUUUUGGGACCAAAGGAUAUAUUUCCUUACUCAGAAAAUAAAGAUAAAUAUGGCAAACCUAAUAAAAGAAAAGGCUUUAAUGAAGGAUUGUGGGAAAUAGACAAUAACCCCAAAGUGAAGUUUUCUAGUCAACUGGCGUCUACAAAACAGUCAAAUGCAUCCUCUGAUGUUGAGAUUGAAGAAAAAGAAAUUAGUGCUUCAAAAGAAGAUACAGAUCAUGAAGAAAAAACCAGCAAUGAAGAUGUGACUAAAACAAUGGACAUAAGCACUCCUAAGGCUGCUAGAAGAGGAAGAAAGAGAAAGGCAGAAAAGCAAGUAGAAACGGAGGAAGUAGGAAUAGUGACAGCAGCAACAACAGCAACAUCCGUCUCUCCAAAAGUGAGUCCUAAAAGAGGAAGACCAUCAGCUACAGAAGUAAAAGUUCCAAAACCGAGAGGGAGACCCAAAAUGGUGAAACCGCCUUGUCCUUCAGACAAUGACAAUGUUACUGAAGAGGAUAAAAGUAAAAAAAAAGGUCAAGAUGAAAAACAACCCAAAAAGCAGUUAAAAAAGGAUGAAGAGGUCCAGAAGGAAGAAGAUAAGCCAAGGAAAGAGCCAGACAAAAAAGAAGGGAAGAAGGAAGUAGAGCCAAAAAGGAAAACUGCAGCAAAAGCAGGCUUUGCUUCAACCUCGGACUCUGAAGAGGAGGGUGAAGAUCAAGAAGGUGAAAAAAAGAGAAAAGGAGGAAGAAAUUUUCAGCCUGCUCAUAGAAGGAAUAUAUUAAAAGGCCAACAUGAUAAAGAAGUAGCAGAUAGAAAACGCAAGCAAGAAGAGCAAAUGGAAGCUGAACCGCAGAAUAAAGAUGAAAGCAAGAAGCCAGAAGUUAAGAAAGUGGAGAAGAAACGAGAAACAUCAAUGGACUCUCGACUUCAAAGGAUACAUGCAGAAAUUAAAAACUCCCUCAAAAUUGAUAAUCUUGAUGUAAACAGAUGUAUUGAGGCCCUGGAUGAGCUUGCAUCACUUCAAGUUACCAUGCAACAAGCACAGAAACACACAGAGAUGAUUACAACAUUAAAAAAAAUAAGACGCUUUAAAGUUAGUCAGGUUAUCAUGGAAAAGUCUACAAUGCUAUACAACAAGUUUAAGAACAUGUUUUUAGUUGGUGAAGGAGAUUCUGUUAUUACACAAGUGCUGAAUAAAUCACUUGCUGAACAAAGACAACAUGAGGAAGCCAAUAAAACGAAAGAACAGGGAAAGAAAGGUCCAAAUAAAAAGCUAGAAAAAGAACAAACAGGUUCCAAGACGUUGAAUGGUGGAUCAGAUGCGCAAGACAAUAACCAGCCACAACACAAUGGAGAAAGCAAUGAGGAAAGUAAAGAUAGGCAUGAAGCCAGCAUGAAGAAAAAAACACCCAAUGAAGAGAGGGAGCCUGAAAAAAUUUCAAAAGAUUCAACAGUAGAAAACUGAUUUUGAAGAGAGGAUUGUCACAAAUUUUCAUUUAAAAAUCUGACUGCUGAAAGUUUUAAAUAAUUUUUAUAAGCAUAGGUUUUGAUGUUUAAAAACUUGUUUGAAGAGGAAACAUUCCCUUCUUAUAUCUUCGUUUUAAAAGUAAACAUUCUUGCUGAUUGUAUUUGUGCAGUAUUAACCGCUAUAUACACAGUAAAAGUGUGUCUUUGGGAGGAAAGAUCCAUUUAGGAAAUGUUAAACUGCUUUUUAUUUUUUAAGAGUUAUAGUUGUAGUAUAUUUUUUGAUUAUUGUAUGUUAAUGUGUAGUUUGUGGUGGUCAAGAGUUACUUUUUUUAACUGCCACCUGUACAAACCCUUCCCGUGUUACCAGAUAAGUGGUAUUUUUUUGUGCAUAGUUUUUACAAAUCUUGUAUUUACUGGAUUGUCUUUUCACUGUUUGUGGUUUUGUAGAGGUUGUUAAAGCAUUUUUAUAGCAGCUAAAAUGUUUCUUCUGUAUAAGAAUACUCAUUCACUCCCUUUUAUAGGAGGUAGUAUUAAUCUUGCAAACUCCAUUUGCCAGGUCUUGCUUUUGAAACAAUCUAAAUUGUGAUGCCUUUUUUUUUUAAGCAGUUUGGGUAACCCAGAUGGCAAUUUGGGAAGUAGUAACUUUUUUUAAACAGGCAAAAUCACGUGUGGGUUUUCUUUUUUCUUUUGUAGUAGUAGUAGUAGUAGUUGGGCAUAGCUUUAUGAAUGAAGCUGAAUAAAACAGGGGUUAUUAAUUACCCUGUAAGAAAGCAGCAAUUUAGAAAGUUAAUGGUAGUUAGCUGGAAACAGUCAAAUCUAUGGAAUUCUUGUCAGUAAAAUUAACCUUAACAUAAGGUGGAAAGAGUAGAAGCACUUAAAUCAGUACUAAUUAUCUGGUGGGUCAGGGAGUGCUACCUUCAUGAAACAAGGUUACUCUGAUAGAAAGCAUUCCAGAUUUAACUAAAUGAUACCAAUUUUGAAAACUAUUUGACCAUAUAAACUCAGUGGAGCCGUUAAUAUGUAAAUAUGCCCCCUAAAAUGAAAAAAUUUAAAGGCACUUCAUAUUGUAUAAGUGAAAGAGGAGAAAUUACUGGCAAACUAUGAAGCAUAAUAUUAUUAGUUCACUAGCAAUACUUUCAGAUACAGUGUGUUAGGUUGUACACUUUUGACUACGUAUAUUUCGGGAUUUCUCAAUUACUUUAGAAAGCAUGUCAGAUUUUUUUGUAGAUAUUUACACAUUUUGGAGCUUGAAUAAACUGGUAACUUGUAUAGAUUUAUAAGAUAUAUGAAGUACUUUGAAGAGGCAAAAAGGUACAAAUGAGAGUGUCACCUAUUAUGUUGCUUUUGUCAGAAUACUGCUAUAUAUGCCAGUAAUAACAGUUUUUGCUCCUAAUUUAAUUUUUUAAAAUCAGAUUUAUUGUAGUUAACCCAAAGUGUCAAUGUAAACUUAAAACCAGUUUUGAUUAAAGAUUUUUGUCAAUCUCAACUUA